ACCGAAAACAUUUUCUCACAUUUCAGAGUUGAAGUUCAAACCCAUGAAACCAGAGCACAGAUUCUUUCAAUAUUCCCUUUGCCUCUUUCUUCUUCUCCCUUGUUCAUUUUUCAAACACUGAGAAAGACGCAACAGUAGCAGCGGCAAGCACGAAACGACGUCGUUGAGAGAAGCUCGUGUCUCUCACCUCAACCCUUCUCCAAGGUGACCCCUUCGCUAGGAUCCUCAAAGUUGCAUGAUAAGUAGUUUAGUACUUCUUUCAUCUCCUAGUUCAAGCAUAGUUACCAGUUGGACACUGUUCUUGACUUCUUGUAUUAUAAGGGGGAAGCCGCUGAUAAGCUAAGCACAGGAAAUCUCUGGGAUAUGUGAAACUUGGCAAAAAGCAGUAUGGGAAACAACAUAUAUGAUGGGCAGAUAUUAGCAGAGAAGUUGUCGAAACUCAACAAUUCGCAACAAAGCAUUGAAUCAUUAUCCCGUUUGUGUAUUUCUCACCGGAAGAGAGCUAAAGAAAUAGUUGAAACAUGGGAUAAACUGUUCAGCUCUUCCCAGAAGGAGCAGCGUAUCUCUUUUCUAUACUUGGCUAAUGACAUCUUGCAAAAUAGUAGGCGGAAGGGCAGUGAGUUUGUUAAUGAAUUCUGGAAAGUUCUUCCAGCAGCUCUCAGGCAUGUUUAUGACAGUGAUGAACAUGGAAAGAAAGUAGUAACGAGACUUAUUGACAUUUGGGAGGAUAGGAAGGUUUUUGGUUCACGGGGUCAGGGUCUUAAGGAUGAAAUAUUGGGUAAGAAUCUCCUUCCAUCAUCUACAACUCAGGGUCUUAAGGAUGAAAUAAUGGGUAAGAAUCCCCUUCCAUCAUCUACAAGCAAUGGGAAGAGUUCCAAUCCUAUCAAGAUAGUGAAGAGGGAUGCCCACUCUGUGAGAUUAAAACUGGCUGUUGGGUGUUUGCCAGAGAAAAUAUUAAUGUCAUUGCAUUCUGUUCAUGAUGAACAUAUUAAUGAGGAAGCUGCCUUAAACAAAUGCAUUGCUGUUGUACAUCAAGUUGGUAAACUUGUAGAAGAUGCUGAAAAUACGUUGGCUCAAGGAAAUCAGCUGGGUUCCACAUUGAUAAAUGACUUGAAAGAGCAGGAAAAUGAACUUAAACAAUAUAUAGUACAACUUGAAAAUGCUGAGGGUGCCAGGGCUACUUUGCUUUCCCAGCUUAAAGAUGCACUGCAGGAACAGGAAACAAGGCAAGAGCUUGUUCACACCCGGUUGCUAGCUGCACAAGGUCAGGUUGAGCAAGCAGCCAGUAUCAGGAAGAGGUUUACCCGAGCACCAGAAGCCACUAGGGCAUUGGAGCAAAAUCUUCCAUCAGUUCAUCCAAACAGCAAUCCUCUUCAGCCUUCUUUUACUCAACCUUCUAUAUCUUUUGCUCCUCUCCAAACCACUGAAGAAGAUAAGAAGGCAGCAGCAGCUGCUGUUGCUGCUAAGCUUGCUGCCUCUACAUCCUCUGCCCUUAUGCUUACAUCUGUCCUUUCUUCCCUUGUUGCUGAAGAAGCUGCCUCCAUGAACGGUAGCUUAAAUUCUACCGGCUUUGCUUCUGGAUUACCUAUUUACAAUCCAGAGAAGAAACCCAAGCUUGAUAAACAAUUGUCUGUUUCUGAGGUUAACAGUACUGAUACAGGGAGCUCUUCUUUUUUCAGUACUUUGCAACCACCAUCAGUGGCAAAUGUGCCACUGACACAAUCAACCAACUUGCAACCCUUGUCACAACCCAAUCAACAAGCUGCAUUUACUUCAGGCCCUCCACCCCCUCCUCAUUCCCCAGUGAACCCACCAGCAAAUCAUUAUGUUCAAUCUACUGGAUUGAUGGUUGGGGGAAUUCCUUAUGCAUAUGGAUCAAACAAUCUACCACCUCCACCUCCUUUACCUCCACAUGUUGCAAUAGGGUUAUCGAGGCCCAACACUCAGCCAUCACAGGCUCAGCAAGUGCCGCCGCAGCAACAGCAGCAGCCAUCAUCAACUGGAGGAUUUUACAGGCCACCUGGCAUAGGAUUUUAUGGGCAAAGCCAUUCAUCAACACAACCGACACCAGUACCUAGGCAGUGAGCACUGUUCAAAGAUCAGCAGCUAAUAUUGCUGCAAUCUUUGUAUCAAGUUCCCUUGGGAAACUGUACACCCAGGGGAGGGUGUGUAGUUAUGUAAAGUAGUAGAAAAUUAGAUGUGGCAUUGACAAGAAUUCUGUAUCUUAAAUCGGAGUUGUGGGCUUUGUCAUCAUUAGCUGAUACCUGAGAUCUUCUUGACUAUAGUCGAUUACUGUUUAAAAGGAAGAACCUGAUGGGGCCCUUGCAAAUUGUUCUAAAACACUCAGUACUCUUGUAUCAUUUGUGUGGACCACCUCUGUCUUCAUGAAGCUGCAUAUUUGCAUGAAUAUUAGUGGCUGGGGUUAGUCAACUCUUCUAGAUAAAAUCGUAGGAGACUUGUCAUUGCUCACCAUUCUCCUAGGAAACUAUUUUCGGAGCUAGGAGGUUAAUGUAGGGCAGUAUCAGUUGACACUUGACAAGGCAUGUUAGCAUUUUUCUUUGGGUUUUGCAUGAUAAAGCCUUUAUUUGUGCGAAAGAUUUUAGAGAAAUUCUUGUCAUAACAUGGGAAGUCCUUUGGUAUGGUCUGCACAGGCCCCUUCCCCAUGACAAGAUAUCCUUGUUUGUUAUUCCCUUUUUAAUUGUUCUUGAAAA